UUCAGUGAAGAAAAGCUGGACUCUUCAAACCUGUAGAAUUUCAGUAAAACUUACGGAAGACAAGGAACCUUCUCUAUUAAUAAGAAAUACAUAUCUCAAAGAAAAAUAUGCCUCAACUUCAGCUUUGAUUCCAGGGCUUUCAAAGUGAUCCAGGAUGAGUAACUGAGAUGGAUAUGAGAGAAGAAGCAUGAAGGGACAAUGAAACCUGGCCAGUGGACACAUUCCAAAGCAGAGAAUCCCUUGUGGAACAAGAGACAAUGCUCUAUGGCUGUCAUUACCAAAACACUUAAUUUUGAGCUGGUCACAACUGUGUGUGUUGCAUGAACUGUAUCACUGCAGAAUUGCUCCUGCAAUUACACUGUGGAGACAGUUUGUGUUUAGCAAGGCAAGCUUCCAUCAUGUUAUGGGAUUGUAGGAUCAUUUAGGCUGCAAAAGAUCAUCAAGUCCAACCCCUAUACUCACAGUUUUUCUGGUGGCCUCUUUUUGAGGAACAGGUUGCUCUUACAGGCAGAAGAGGAUUGGUAUGUUAAAAGGGUUUAAGGAAGAAGAACUAAGGUGGUAAAAGUAGUCUUUCUCAUGAAAGUGUCUCAGGCUGUGAAAGAACAAUUGUUCAGGGGACAAGUGUGAAGGAGGAGCUAAAACCUGCGAUGCUACUGAAGGAGUGACUAUAGUGGACACUGCAGUUUGUAUUAUAACAGGCUCCCAAGAGUGGGACAGCAAUAAUCAGGCCCCUGUGACUUCUUCAGUGACUUUGAACGGUUAAAUGUGAAAGUGGGAUGAAAACCACCUACCUCGUUUUUGGAACAAAAGGAGGGUGGCUGAUUUCUCCUGUGCUCCUGUUUCUCUGCUGCCUGUUCGUGAACAGCCUGCUGAGAUGCACACAGAUAACUGCACCUUCCAGCUCAGAGUGCAACAACUUGCUAAAGCUGUUUGUGCACCGGACAGUGCACAAGCCCUGGGAUGAGACAGAAGUUCUGUUUGUUUGUUCAGGAAAACUGUUUAUGAGCAGAGAAGCAUCCGAAAGCAGCAAGAUCCAGCUGCCACAGAUACUGUUCUUUCUCCUCCAGAGAAAUGUAACAGCCAGGUGUUUUACACACAAUCUAGAAAAGGUUUGUCUUCACUCUCAAAUGAAAAGUUGUCAAGUACCUGUACAUUAUCACAGGAUGAAAAAGUUGUCACGGCAGAAGAACAACUGGCUAUUUUUAACAUUCACAUGGUGUGAUUGGGACAAUAUGGAAAUGGCCACACCUGUAUGUUGGGUAGUUAAGCAUGAAGAUACCAGCCUACCCCUAACCAGCAAAACAGGAAGAAGAGCGUGCUCUUGGUCCUGGUCCUACCAGAAAGGUUCUGUCAUCCAGCAACUUGCAGGAGUGGGCUCAGGAGGAAGACCCCUAAACAUGAAAGGGGCGUGUUCCACCUGAUACCACAGCCCAGGAGCGCUGAGUGCUGGAAACACGUGAAACAUCCAGCUCUGCAGAGCAGCUCCUUGGAGGCCAGGAGUUAGGGGCUGAGAGAGGUGUCUCUUCACAGA